CGGAGUGUUUCGAGCUGGCAGCGAUGUGUGGCUUUGUGCUUCUUGCUCGGCAGUAGAUUUUGUGAAGGACAAACUGUCCAUCUGACGUUCCGACACGGAUUAAGGAUUACUCUCGCCAGCGAUGCCUUUUGGAUAAGCGUAUAUGGCUGAUGCGCGACUGGAAUGGCAGAAAAGUUGCGCGAGGCGGCUGCUCGUGGCGACGUUGCUCGAGUCACACGCUUGCUCGACGAAGACAUUAAACCGCUGCCCGACGAGGUAUAAUCCUCCAACCCUUAAAACUCUUAGAAGUAUAUACAAGAAUGGCCGGGGGCCCCUGUUGCUGGCCGCGGCAGGUGGUCACGUGGAAGUGUGCGAGACCCUGUUGCUGCGCGGCGUCGACGUCAGCACCGCGGACGACCAUGGAAACUCGGCACUGCACGAGGCAUCGUGGCGUGGCUACAGUCGGACCGUGGCGGUUCUGGCGAAGGCCCUCGGGACCCAGCGGGCCCCUCUGCAUGCUAGGAAUCUCGCCGGAUUUGCACCGCUUCACCUCGCCUGUCAAAACGGCCAUAAUCAAAGCUGUCGAGAGCUCCUCCUAGCCGGCAGCAAUCCCGAUCUUCAGAAUAACUAUGGCGAUACUCCAUUGCAUACUUCCGCACGUUACGGUCAUGCCGGAGUAACGCGCAUACUGAUCUCAGCUCUGUGCAGGGUGUCUGAUCAAAAUAAAAAUGGCGAUACCGCUUUGCACAUAGCUGCAGCGAUGGGUCGUCGGAAGCUAACGCGAAUUCUUUUGGAGGCCGGCUGUGACCGAAGUCUGCGAAAUAAACAGGCCGAAACGGCGAAGGACAUCGCCCGUCGUAAGAACCUUUCCGAAAUCCUGGACAUUAUCUCUAAGGCACGCGGUAAGAGCCGAACGCGCAGCAAGAGCCGCGAGGACGACUCAGUCGAUGGAAAAGUGGACGACGGUAAAACGAAGAAGCGAGAGAAGACCGGGAGCGGUACCAGCGGCGGUGGCGGUAGCAGUUCAAAGAAAGACCGGAAGAAGCACAAGUCCAACGGCAAGCAACACAAGGUUCGCUUCGAGAAGGCUAUCAUGGGUCGGCAAUGGUCGCCUUAUGGUUGUCACUAUUACCCAGACCCGGAAGCGUUUCCUCAACCUCGUCUGGACUCGUUGCCGGCCGAUCCUUUAGGACGUGGUGAACAGUACUACUUGGACCUAGCUGGUAAUAUCAGGAAGGGUCCGGUGGGCGUGGGAUACACGUGUUACUGUGCACCAUUCUUCCGUCACAUGGAGGCAAAGCUGGAGCGAGACAAAGCGGAGUUGAAGGCGCACAUUGAUCAGGCUCACGAGAAGCUGGAUCUGAAGGUGACCAAUCUGGAGAGAAGGACUAGAGGCCAGAUUUCGGAGUUGACUAGGUGCGUGCAGGAAGAACGAACCAGAUGCAAUGAGAGGCACUCGCAGCUUCAGCAACGUCUUCAACGAGGUGGCAGAGGUAGAUAUAGCGAAAGACCAGCGAAAACCAACUACAACCAGCACCAUGAGGUGUUGCUACCGACUAGGACCAGGUCGUUGGAGGAUUUGUUGGAUGAUCGGCCGCAAGAUCGUAGCUUCGAAAUCCCUGGAGAAACACCAGUUCACCGCGGUAGCCUGGACGAUCUCGAUAUCCCAGCUAUACCCAGACUUAGCACGUCCAUGAAAGACCUACCUUCAGGUUCUGGAAUGGUCAGAUCGACGCUCAGAGUGUUGGAUAUAUCUCCGAGACUCAAUGAAACGUUUGAUGGCGUCGUCAGGCAGGAUAGAACCUCGCCUUUGGGGGCAAUGCCGACGCAGUCACCUCUUGUGGAGGGCAGACGUCAGCAGAGGGGCUGCGUGUCGUACGACAUGCACGUUAUGAAUAUGUCCAUGGAUGAGAAUAAGAUUCACAAAAUCGGCGACGGCAACACUACGGAAUGGAGCGGUGGUCGCCGUAGUGUUCACGAGAUGAUCAAACGGUUUCAGCAAGUACCUGAUAUGCAUAACGGCUGGCGAGGAAUUCGUUCUGGAAGUAGCGAGCCAAUCAAUUUGGGCGAGCAUGCCAAGUGUUCACAAAGUCAGAGAAUACAUCCUCAAGGUAAUGACAGCGAGAGUAGCGAAGGUGAAGAUGACGACGCCGAACAACCCGAAGCGUACAAGGGAGCUAAUUGUAGAAAAACUGGAAUCCCUGAAGACGUGCAUUACGACAGCAUCGCGAGGAUGCCUUACAGAUCACGCAAUCCUGUGUACAGUCCAACACCACCUUUGCACGACACUCACAACGAUUCUGGGUACAGCACUCGCAUGUAUGGCUCCAGCAAGGGUGCGUCGCCUUCUUUAUCAGGUCAACUAGAGUGCGAUGUAAUCCUGCCACCUUCGACAGGAUCAUUCGCGAGUGGAGAACAACUCGCUGUCUUAUUGGAGCAACCGAGAGGACACGAUUUAACGGUUUAUGAGCGAAACGUUGAUAAUGUCGUAAUCAAUAUCGGCACUGCUAGUCUGGUUUAGCCGUCACACAACCGACAUUUUAUAGCUCUAACUGGAAAUGACUUCAAAAUGUAAUUACGUCACACUGUACAUAAAAUAUAUCGGUUACUCCAAAAAUAUUGAAGCAAUGACAGGGAGUUAGAUUAUUAUUAUUUCGUCAUAUUUGCCGUGUCGUUACAAUAUCACGAAAGCGAACAUUGAAAUGUAUAUAUUACAACUAUCUUCAUAAGUCGUUGUCUAUAUUAUUUCUAUCGUUAAUAUCAUCAUGAUAAGUGUUAUACAUCCGUCCACGUUGCCAUGACCUCAUUUUAAGAUAAAAAGGAACAUUAAAUAAAAACAACAGUAUUUAUUAUUCGUACUAUAUGCGUAUUGUGUGUGUCAUGUAUAUGUAUGUAUGUAUACGCGCACGAAGGUAAAUGUGUAUAAUAUCGAUAUUGUGAUCAGAUAUAGAUAAAAAACAAAUUCUACGAUAUUUUGAUUCGACUUAUACUGCGCAAUCCUUGAUAACUUAUUAACUAAGAGACAUGAUCACUAGUUGCGUACACAUUUACCGUGAUAUGUACAUGCGAUAACUUCAGUAUGUAUGUGCAGUGAAAUAAUAAACAAUAUUAAUUCGAACAUA